GCCGUUAUCCCCAUAUUUAUUUGUUGUUAAGUGAAUAAAAGUGAACCUAGUGUAUCAGAUUUUUGUUAUGAAGUUAAGUGAAAGCUGAGGGAGGCUUGCAAGGAACUUGGCUGCAUAUUUACCCGAUGGCGGGUUCUGGGGGGACGUCGGAAUGGCAGGAGGGCGCGGCGGUGUGGUUCCAGCCGCCGGGCACCUCCGCCCCGCUUCCCGGAUCGCUGGUCGAGGUUCACCGCGCCGCACGCGUGCUGCUCGUCAGCGCCGUUCUCAAUGGACAGCCGCAAACUUUUGCUUUGCAAAUGGGAAAUGGCGAGGAAGAAGGCGACCCGGUGUGGCCUCGCGAGGAGUUAGGCCCCACAGGCGUAGAUGACAUGACACGGCUUCAUGACCUCCACGAGGCAGCGUUGCUGUGGAACCUCAAACUGAGAUAUGAACAGGGCAUCAUCUAUACAUACGCCGGGUCGAUUUUGGUCGCUGUCAACCCUUACAAACCUGUCGACUCCUUAUACGGAUUGCAAACUGCGAGGAGGUACCAUGCAGCGGAAGCUCUGGGCGAUCUCCCACCACAUCUGUUCGCCAUAGCGGCCGCCGCGCGCGCGUCUCUGCCGCAGCCGCAAGCCAUACUCAUCUCAGGGGAGUCCGGUGCCGGCAAAACAGAGUCCACCAAACUCGCCGUGCAGUUCCUAGCGGCAGUCGCCCCAGCCCCUCCCGGUCGCGCUCCUGUCUCUGAACAAAUCCUCGAAGCGGCCCCCUUACUUGAAGCAUUCGGCAACGCCCGAACACCAAAAAACCACAACUCUAGUCGUUUCGGAAAACUUCUCGAACUCUACUUCAAGGACGGCGCGCUAGCCGGCGCAAGAGUUGCGCAUUACUUACUAGAAAAAUCCCGAAUAGUCACACAAUCACCCGGAGAAAGAAACUAUCAUGUUUUCUACGAAUUAUUAGCGGGAUUAGGUGAAGAACAAAGAAGGGCACGUGGUCUUUUGACGGCAGAGCAUUAUUUCUACCUAAACCAAGGAGGAGAUUCAGGAGGAGCCGGUGCGGGAGCCGAUUGGUCAGCCUUAUGUGGCGCUAUGCAAGUCCUUGGUAUUGGAGAUUCUGAAAGAGAGGACAUAAUUAGAGUAUUAGCGUCUGUUCUGCACUUGGGAAAUGUGUACUUUCAUAGAAGACAGUUGCGUCAUGGACAAGAAGGUGUCCAGUUAGGUGGCGGCGCAGAAGUUCGCUGGGCUGCACAUUUGUUGAAAGUUCCCGCUGAGGCGUUGGCGAGAGCGUUGACUACUAGAGUCACGGCGGCGCGGGCUGAACGCAUGAGGUCACCGUUGCCAAUCGACCAGGCUUUGGAUGCAAGAGAUGCGUUCGCCAAAGCGCUAUACUCUUCGUUAUUCAACUGGCUGGUUUUAAGAAUAAACUCUAUAGUCCAUCGCGGCGGUUUACACGACGCGCACAGGAUUUCACUCCUGGACAUCUUUGGGUUCGAAGACCUGGAAGAGAACUCGUUUGAGCAACUGUGCAUUAACUACGCGAACGAAACGCUGCAGCAUUAUUUUAACAAGCACAUAUUCAAGCUGGAGCAACAAGAGUAUCAGAAGGAAAGGCUGGAAUGGUCACAUUUGACGUGGAACGAUAAUUCACCUGUAAUCCAGCUACUAAGCAAGAAGCCUGUGGGCAUUCUGCACUUGCUGGACGACGAGAGCAACUUCCCGCGCGCUUCGGACGCGUCCUUCCUCGAAAAGUGCCACUACAACCACGCAUUAAAUGAGCUCUAUUCUCGGCCUCGGUUAGGCGCUAGCGAGUUUGGCAUAAAACACUAUGCCGGCCAAGUGUGGUACAACGUGGAAGGUUUCCUGGACAAAAACCGCGACGCGCUGCGUGCAGAUGUCCUGGAACUGCUGUGCAGCAGCGAAGUCCCACUGGUGGCCGAAAUGUCCACCCAAUUGAGGAUUCAACAUGACUCAAACAAAACUCUGCCAAGAGGCGCCAAUGGAAGAUUCGUCACUAUGAAACCGAGAACGCCAACAGUUGCUGCGAGGUUUUCAGAUAGCCUCCACCAAUUGUUAGAGUCGAUGUCACGGUGCAACCCAUGGUUCGUGCGUUGCAUCAAGCCGAACACGGACAAGUCCCCUAUGCGGUUCGACAUGCCAUGCGUGCUGGCGCAGCUGCGAUAUACUGGCAUGCUCGAUACCAUUAAGAUCAGGCAGAUGGGGUACCCGAUUCGCAUACCGUUCCAGAUCUUCGUUGAUAGAUAUCGAUACCUCCUAAAGUCGACACCGACACGCUCGACACCGUACCGCGAGAUCUGCAACUCCAUUCUCGCAGAAAUGCCGCCCACGGGUGCUGUUGGCGCUGAUUACCAACUUGGGGCCGCUCGAGUGUUCAUCAGGGAAGCGUUGCACAGAGGUCUGGAAAGAGCAAGGGCCGACAAACUGCGUGCCGCUGCCACUAAGCUGCAGGCUCAUGUUAGAGGAUAUCUCGCCAGGAAGCGCUAUGGUCAACUACGUAACUCAACAAUGAAGAUCCAAUCGUGGUGGCGCGGGCGUCAUGCUCGGCGACGCUUUGUGACAGCGCGCCGCGGUGUCGUGCGCGCGCAGGCGUUGGUGCGCGGUAGGCGCGCGCGCAGACGGUACAAAGUGCUUAAAGAACAGCAUCGCAGACGCGUUGAGGCACAACAAGUUGCUGCCAAGCGGCGUGCAGCCGAGCAAAAAGCGAAGGCGGAGCGAGAAAGGGAGAGCUUGCAGGUACUGGAGGUCCCCGCCGAGCUGGCCUUCAUUCUAACCAAGCUCGACGACUGGCAGCCACUGCACACUGACAAGAAUCUGGCUAAGGUGUCAGGCGAUGUAUACGCCGAGGAUGAGCGCAUCCAGUUGCCUCGCGAUUUACAGCAAUUCGCCUUCUCCAAAUUCAGUUCUGUGUACUUCGCGGACGGCGGCCAGCUCAGCCCCAGGAAACAUCCUAUUACCAGGCCAUUUCUCGCUAAAGCUGCUGUCAGAGAUCAAGAUUUCAAUGACGCUGUGGCUACAUUUAAACUUAUUCUGAGGUGGUGCGACGAGUCCGCUGUUGGAAAUGAGGCGCGACAAAAGGUGUUAGCAGACUACAUAGCGUCCCGAGGCUUGUCCUCGCGUGGUUUACGGGACGAGAUAUUGGUGCAGCUGUGCAACCAGUCUGGCGGCGAGGCGGGCGAGCGUGUGUGGCAACUCAUGGCGCACUGCCUCGCGGCCUUCCAGCCCACGCCGCCUUUGCACAAAUACCUCGUCCGCUACGUAUCGGAACACGCGCCGUCGCGGCACCGUGCGCUGCUCCUGCGCCUGCUGGGCGGCGGAGGGGCGGCCGCGGCGCGCGGGGCGGGGGUGGCUCGCCGCUGCCCCCCCACGCUGCUGGAGUGGCGCGCGGCCAAGGUGGAAGCUAGGCCCGCGCUGCCUUUGCGGCUCUAUGACGACUCUGUGCAUCACGUGAGUGUGGAUUCGUGGACAUCGUGCGAGCGGGCUGCUGCUGCGGCGCUGUCGGCCGCUGGAAUAGCGCACCACGCCUCCGGCUGGACGCUCUCCAUGGAGCACAACGGACAGCUCACGGAAUGGGCGGGCUGCGAAUACGCACUCGACGCAGUGGGCGAGGUGGAGACCUGGGCUGCGCUGCCCUCUAGCCGCGGCGAGCCGCUGCGAGCGACGCAUGCGCGCAGCACUCCGCCCGCGCCACCCCCGAGGCAGUCCUCUGUUGGAGCAGACACUGCUCUGAUUUCAUCACAGGAGCCAUCAAAAUCGCGGUCUCCGAGCAUCCAACGUCUCGUGCUGCAGGACUCUAUCGAUGAAGUCUCCGAAUACAACUGGAAGAUGGAGCGAGAGGAAACCCAGGCCAAGAACUCCAACGAAUACUCGCGGAAAAUAUCUCAUGACAUACUUUCGAGAGAAUCGGCGCUCAACGAAAGAUACUUUGACCAAAGUUCUGACAAAGUCCGUACCAGAUCAUUGGACAAUCUCCUUGGCGAUAAUCCAGCCCCUCAGCCGACGAAACUAGCCGAUUUGGGAUUAUCGCAAUCGCGACUCAAUGAUCGAUAUCACUCCGUUGAAAGGUUAGGAGGCGCACCAAGCGUGACCAGCAGUAAGGGUGCUUUGGAAAUCGAAUAUGGCACAGGUUCGCGUGGACCUCCUUCGAGGUACAUCAAGUCCCAAUACGCUGGUAAAAGAGCCCCGGCGGGCUCGCAAUCUAGUCGCGCAUACAUUGAAAAGAGCUCUGAAUUUGGAGGCGUUCGGUCUUCUGCCAUGUCCGAUACGUCAGAAGCACCGAGUCUUGCAUCUCAUGUACGUCGUGUCCGAGUCCCGAGUCAGGCUUCUGAUGUCGACCAGUUUCUGGAUGACCUGUUCUCACCAGUAUUGGACCCUAAUAUAGACGAGCUUUCAGACGCUAGAUCAUUGGCUGCCAGCAUCAAGGGAGGCCAUAAAGAUUACUACGAAUUUAUUGACAUUGUUCUUAACUGUGAUUAUACCGAGGAAAUUGAAACUCUGAGCAAUGUUAAAGUCUUAAAAACGUUGAUUAAAGGUGGUGGUAAAGAGGAGAAGGCUGGAAAGUCUACCAGAAAGGAUUCUAACGUAGAUUCUGUAGACGACUAUAUAACGAACUUGUUCGAUCCGAUUUUUAUGAAUGAUAGUUUAAAACGGUUGACCGAUGGUGAAGGUCUUUCAGGUGCCAUAAAGGGUGGUGGUGCUACGCCACGAGCGGCGACAGCCAACACUUCUGCUCUUAGUUUCGGAAGCCUAUCACCAAUGCCACAAAUGCCCGCAACGCCAGAAGCUUUGGCGGCUGCUUUGGGCCUGCAUUUACCUCCGCCUGGAACGGUAGAUAUUAAUGCAUAUCAUCAGAAUUUGCAACGAGCCUUCUUACAAAGUGCUAUGGCACAGAAUCUACAAAUCCAGCAGCAGCUAUUAGCACAAAAUCAAGCAUUACAAACGUUACUAGCUGGUCAAGUAGUUGAGCCUAAUGAGGCAGAACCGACGUCUCCUGUUCGCGCAUCCACAGUUGUUCACGCUCAAGUACAUUCACCUCCGAGGAACUCUAUUAUUAAACCUCGUCGGGAGUCAAAUGAGAGCUCACCCGCCGGCUCAGCUCCCCCACCACCGCCACCUAUGCCUCCGCCACUACAUUCCUCUGACCCUUCCGAGAUCCGGGGCUUCAUGGAUCCAUAUGGCAGGGCUAAAACCGUUCGCAUCGGCAAAUGGCGUUGGCCACCGCCUAAGGAUGCCACGGACCAAGACACAACUCAGGAUUUCAAUAAGUUCAAAAUGCGUCAAAUCCAACGCAGGAACACCCCGCAGGCGCAGACUAAUGGGCUAGUGGAACAUGAACCGCCGCGAGGACGGUCGCGCUCUGAGGCCUCUCCGGGCAUAGAGUGGGAGGAAUUUGAAGUCGAUGGACCGGUGUCUCCUAGCAGAGAACCUCCUAGUCAGCGCACAGCUCGGCGAAGUUUCGAAAUUGGUGCACAGCGCCCUUCGCCUGGCAGUGUUGGAAAAUUGAAACUCAGCUCUGAGAUGCGACAAAGAUUGGAACGGGUUACUGCUAACCAUUCCGUUAGGAGUUCGUCGUCAGCUACCGAAACGCCACGUACAGUCAAUAAGUUAGAAGAUACAAGAAAACUAAUGCUGGAACGUCAGUUGGGCGGUGGAACACGAUGGGAUGCACCACCGCCACCUCUACCCCCAGCACCACCAGGCCCUGCUCCUCCACCUCCUAAAUCUCCUCCCACUCCACCAGACAGGCCUGCACCUCCUCCACCAAUCCCCGAAGCGGCUUCGUCUAGCUUCGCGCAACUCCGAAGAGACAGGGAUACUUUUGGAGUACAUCAGAACAGAGAUCAUAGAGACUCGGACGACCGCCACGCUUUCCUGGCUAACUGGAAUUCGAGACGACGAGAAGAAUCUGAAAAUCGAGAUGACUUAGCCACACGUUUCUUGACAUCUGACAGAAGAGAACGUCGCGUUAGAGAUGAUUGGGGUGACGAGUCGGACGUUAGAAGCUAUAAUGAUGAAAGGCGAGAACACACUCGCGACGAAUGGGACUCUGAAUCUGGUUUAGACGUUCGCGACCGCCGUGACAGGGAUAACUUCUCAGGGCGCGAGGCGUCAGAGAUAUACGAGAUCCACCCAACGAGAGCCGAGAGACGUAAAGAAGAAAAUGGUUUAGACGAUUCAUUUGAACGGAAGCGUUCAUCUCCGUACUUCGAUGAAUUUGAACGGUUUGAUGGCCGCAAGAAUUCUAGGGACAUGUUAGUAGGGCGUGCGAGAGAUAGCCCGAGGUCUGAUGUGGUGUUUCCGCCGGAGAGCAACGACAUUACGAAAAGGGCUGACCGGCCUACGUUCAAAACGCACAUGGCACAGAAAGAGCGAGACCGGAAGUUGGAGGCAGAACGAAGACAUUCUAUCUCUACACACGUUACUGAUAGAACGGAGCAUAUUGAACGAGACGUGCCUGCCCCAGCCGCAUUGCUACCAUCGGACCGCUCGUUCCUGACAUAUAGCCGCGUGCCGUGGAAACUGCGUGUGCGCAAAGAGUACUUCACGCCCAUAGAGACCUACAACGACCCCGCCAUAUUGGAUUUGCUUUACGUUCAGGUCGUCCACGAUAUCACGUCGAACCUGCCAUCACUGCGCAUAAGUACAAGCGAGAGACGCGCAGGCGCAGCCUGGCUUCGCUCACAGGCUGGCGGACCGGUACGAGCACAGACCAAGCGGCAGGCUGUUGAAAUGGCCCGAGGUUGGCCUUUCUACUUCGCAAGGCUGUUCUCAGCUAGAGUACCUCCUGGCGAAAAUGCCGUGCUAGCCGUUUCACAUGGCGGUGUCACUAUUGGAGUUAAAGGUCCAACGGGUCUGACAAUUCGGCGGUCGAUCUCGCUGGAAGGCCUCCGCGCGUCGUCGCCAGCGCCGCACACGCUGCAGCUCUCGCCUGCGCGCGCGCCGCCGCUCACGCUCCACGCGCCGCUCGCCCACCACGCGCACGCUCUCAUCGCGGAGAUGGCGCUGCAGUACACGCAGGUACAACCGAAGCCAACGACAAAUGGAGUCGCUAAGGAGCGCGUAUCCGAACGUGAGACGAGAGAAAAUAGAGAAUCUAGAGAGUCCCGAGACUCCAGAGAGAUGCGUGAAAUACGAGAAUCGAGAGAUGAAGAGCACAUGGAGAGAAGAGCCCAGGCUUCUUCGCCAAUACCAAGGGAACGCGAGAGAGAACGAGACAGAGAUAGGGAGAUAAGGGAAGACAGAAGAGACCGAGACCAGUCGACACCGCAACACGACGGGAGACAUCCGUUGCUGCAGUUCGCCGUUGACCACUUCAGACAGAGCCCGGAAUUAGAAAUUCUAAAAGCAGAUUCAUCUCUCAAGAGCAAGGCUAAACGCAAUGAAUGGACAUGGAAAGCACAGACGGACGUAGUAAAAUGGCAGGCGACAGCGUUGCGCGCGCCACUGUUGCGCUUACCACCUGCGCUUGCGCCGCCUGCAUUGGAGUGCUUCACCUGCAUACGCGCGUACUGCGGCGACCUCUCGCCGCAGGAACGAUCCAUGCACCAAGAUCUUACUGAAGUUAAAUGCGUUUACACUGUACUUAUGCAUUGCCACUCAGUUCCGGAGCUGCGUGAUGAAGUAUACUGCCAGCUGAUGAAGCAAACGACGUCGAACCGGUCACCAGCGCCCGACUCGUGUCAACGCGCAUGGCGGCUCAUGUCUAUCCUCGCCGCCUACUUCAGCUGCUCCAACACGCUCAGGCCAUUCCUCGUGGAAUACCUCUCUGCAGCGGCGGCGGACAGGCGGCGGCCGUGUCAGGGCACCGCGGCCGUGUGUCUCGCGAACCUCAGAAAGACGCUGCGGUGCGGCGGCCGGAAGAACGUCCCCAGCGUCGAAGAGGUCACGGCAGUGUCUGCGGGUCGGUCGGCGCGGCGGCAGCUAUAUCGGCUGCCAGGCGGCGCCGAGCGCGUCGUUAACACAAGAUGCGCCACCGUCGUCAACGAUAUCGUUAGCGAGCUCUGCGAAUUGAUCGGUGUAACGAGCGAAGCAGAGCGCGCGGAGUUCUCCCUGUACUGCAUCGUGGCGGGCGACGCGCUGACGAUGCCGCUGGCGGGCGACGAAUACGUGCUGGACGUGACCACGGAGCUGCAACGCGCACAUCAUCCCUUCUACCUCAUAUUCUGCCGCUCGGUGUGGCACCACCCGCUCCGGCCCGACGCGCCUCCUUUGUACACGGAGGUGCUGUUCAAUCAGGUCGCUCCAGACUACCUAGAAGGUCUCCUACUGGUCCUCCCCGGCGGAGCGGCCCCUCCGGCGCCGGCCCUGCGCGACGCGGCCCUGGUGGCGGCCCUUCUGCACCGCGCGGCCGGUCUGCCCGACGCCCCACAUCCCAGGGACCUGAAAUUCCUGCUGCCAAAACCACUACUGGCUUUGAGAGAGCCCCGCCCUAACAAGUGGGCCUCUUGGGUCGCACAGGAAUGGCCCGCUGCUAGGACGUUAACACCCGCUGCUGCCAAAUCUAAAGUAUUGCAGGUGCUCUCGCGUUGGCCGCUGUUCGGGUCGUCGUUCUUCGCGGUGCGGCGCGUGGCCGGCAGCCCCUCGGAGUGGCGCGAGCACGUGCUGGCCUUGAACAGGCGCGGCGUGCACCUGCUGCACCCCGCCACGCACGAAACCGACACGCACUGGCCCUACGCGGAACUCAUCUCCACCAGGAAGGUGCGUUCGGAGGACGGCACUCUGUUCUUGGACAUCAAGUGCGGGUCGCUGCUGCAGCAGCGCGUGACUCGGCUCCAGGCUGAGCAAGCCCACGAGGUGGCCCGCCUUGUCCGGCAGUACGUCGCACUGCAAAGGGACCAGCGGCACUCGCCUGCUUUCAACGGAUAGCGAACAACCGAGACCAAUAAAAACUUUAAUAACGAAUGUAAACUCGAAUAAAUAUCAAGUGUACAUUAAUGAUUGUCAUUCAAACAUUGCAUGUAUACUUCGUUUGCUUCUAAUUAAAUCCGUCCAACAGAUCUGAUUUUGUUAAUCUAUUAAUGUAACUAAGGCUUCGACGCUGCUAUGAACAUUUAUAAGUCAUGAACCUUUUUUAUGUAAAACGAUCGAGUUGAGAUUCAAAAAUUUUAUCUGGUGUCGAAAUGUUUUCAAAAACUUAAUUCGAUUUUCUUUUAAAAGAUUUGACCAAAAAAUAUGCGAAUUUCUUGAACAAAUUCUUUAAAUACAUAUUAUGACUAAAUUGUUUGCAGCAGAAUCGACACCUACUUAAUAAAUUAAUAAAAAGGUACUAAUUUUUAUUGCAGUUAUCGAUUGAAAUGAUAAUAGGACUCUAGGGCACAAAUAGCGUUUUUUUAUAAUAUUGUUUAGACCAAAACGCAUAUUAAUCACUUCUAUUUUCAUUUUAGUCAAUUUUUUUGUUUAAGUGUUUUUUAUGUAUAUUACGAAACUUUAAUCUUUAUCUUUAAGAAAAAUAUUAUAUUGAUUAAUUUAUACAGUACUUAAUUAAUUGUAACAUCUAUAUAAAGCAUUCCAUUUAAUCAAUACCAUUCCAAUUAUAACGAUUAUUAUACCACCAAAAUGUUUUUUUUAUAGUCCUGUAAUGUAAUCGUAUAGGUACUAAGUAUUUUUUUUUGUAUGAAAUGCAAUUCAACUGCAAUCAUUUUUAAGUAUAGACUUAAAAACUGUUUCAUUUUAAUUUCCCAUUAAUUAUUGCUUAAAUUUGGUAUUCAUAUAAAAUUUAGUCAAUUCUGAUGUGCAUAUUUCUUAUCCUAAACUAAUUUUAAAAAGAUCAAAUUUUGUUUAUAUCAUGAAACUAAAAUUAGUUUUAGCAUUGAAAAAUGCACAUUACAAUAUUUUACGAACUAUGAACGAAACACGGUGUAAUUGUCAAAAAAAUCAUGUCCCUAAAAUAAUUUCUCAUUUUAACGAGGAUUGAGCAAAGUAAUUAUACAAUUUGAUCGUUACUUACCACUACGCCUAAUCCACCAAUCAUCCGAAAUAUAAGGUGCUAUUUUAUAGAUGUCAAAUAUCAUAAACGCCAAUUCUGUUUUGCGUCAACUGAUCUAUAUGGGACAUUUUUUUUUCCAACUAAAAGCGUCCCACUUCUAACAACCACUUUUUUUUGUUUACUCAUAGUUCACCUAUGCUCUGGUAUAACCAAGGGAUAUAAUUAUUUUUCGUAAUAAAAAUUUUAUAUUACGCAGAACAGAAUUAGCUCCUAAAUCGCAUAUCCAAAGACCAAGCUGGUCGAAGUCAUUGUACGUAUUCAUGUAAAGUAUUUAAAGAAUUAUGCGAUGUAUAAGAAUUGUAGAUACCA